AGUCACAUGCUCUUCGCUUUUCCCAAUACAAACAAUGUUGAGUAGCGGCUAGAGCGGUGGUGACACUGCACAGAUAUCUCCUCCUAUAAUCACUUCCUCUCUACUCUUACUUCCGGCGAUCUCUCUCCGACGACCAAUGGACGUCGUUCUCCACGCUACUCUACCCUCCAUCACGCGCCUACGCGCGUCAUCCUCUGUUUCUUCGUCGUCUCUUCUUCCGCCGAGAUUUCUCGCCGUCCGGCCCGGCCACCAAUUCACCUUCUCUCUCAGCUCCCUUUCAAAGUCUCGGAGUCCUUCAGCUUCUUCCUCCGUCGCCACGUUGAUGGCGAAUUCGUCUUCGCCAAGAAAUGGAGUGUACACUGUUGGUGAGUUCAUGACUAAGAAGGAGCACUUGCACGUAGUGAAACCAACAACCACUGUCGAUGAAGCUCUGGAGAUCCUUGUGGAGAACAGAAUCACAGGAUUUCCUGUGAUAGACCAAGACUGGAAAUUGGUUGGGCUUGUUUCUGAUUAUGACUUGUUGGCUUUGGACUCCAUAUCUGGUAGUGGAAGAACAGAAAAUUCCAUGUUCCCUGAGGUUGACAGCACCUGGAAAACUUUCAAUGCAGUGCAAAAGCUACUCAGCAAAACCAAUGGGAAGCUUGUUGGAGAUUUAAUGACACCAGCUCCACUAGUUGUUGAAGAAAAAACCAACCUUGAAGAUGCUGCUAAAAUAUUGCUCGAGACAAAGUAUCGCCGGCUCCCUGUGGUAGAUUCUCAUGGCAAAUUGGUCGGUAUUAUCACAAGAGGAAACGUGGUUAGAGCAGCACUUCAAAUAAAGCGCACUGGUGAUAGGAACGUAUGAGUAAUAGAUCAAAACCAAACAAGGAAAAUAGCUUUACAGAGGAAAGCAAUGAUCAAACAUUCUCAAUUGAAUAAAAGUGAGAGACCUAGUAUUCGACAUUGUACCAUGUAUCAGAAUAAGAGCCAUAACUUAUAUUACAAGAGUGUGCCUCGAAGUGAAGAUUAGUAAACUCUAGAAGCAUCAAAGAUCUUGAUAGCAGACGCAAGCAAUUCAGCUUUUGUUGAACUCUAGUAGGUGGUAAGUGCACUACUUACAUUCUUUUUCUGCAGAGAAUCAGCUUCUCGUUUGUUUGAUAGGUUAGGUUAUCAGAUAUGCUUUGGGUAUUUGAUUCUCAUCCAA